GCGACAGGACAGGACGGGACAGAGCGGUGCCGUGAGGAGCGCUCGUUCCUGUCUGACCUGGAGCUUUCCCGAGGCGUUAUCCCUACAGGUGUCCUCGUGGCAAGACUGUGGGUCUUGGUGGCCUGUGGCCUUCCCGAGGCUUCUCUUUUGCAGGUGCCUCCGAGGCCAGACUCAGGGAUUUGGUGACUCAGAGCUUUUCUGACGCAUCUCCCAUCCUUCUGGCCUGCACACUCGAGGCAAGACCCUGGCACUUAGUGACCAAAGCCAUUUAAGAGGUGUUUCCUGUCCUUGUGGCAGGAGCCCUUGAGAACAAAGUGCAGGACUUGCUGUCCUGUAAUCUUCCUGAGGCUUCUCUGUCUCAGGUUCCUUCAAGGCACAACUGAAGGACUUGCUGAUUCAGAAAUUUCACAAGGCAUCUCUCUUUAUGGUGCCCUCAAAUCCAGACUCUGGAAUGGCAGGCACAUUUCUCAUCCUAUUUAAAGUCUUCAGGGGGAAAAAGAACAAAGGCCCUGGAGCUGCCCCAGGAAAACGGCUUGAGGAGCCCAAGCAUUUCCAGCCAUUGCAGGAUGAUGCAGCCGUGGAGCACACACAAGAGCAGCAAUCCAGCCGUGGCCGCUUCCGCAGAACAGCGCAGAUGUUCCAAAAAUUCCCGUGCAUUCGCCGUAGAGAGACUAACACCACUGCAGUUGAGCGCCCAGCUGAGCCUUACUUGGGGCUAACCCAGCUCCAGGCAGAGCCUGAUGUCAGCCCAGAUUCAGCUGGGCUCUCACAAGACAUGGACACCUCAGGGACUGAAACAUGGGCACAGGAUCUCCCCACAUCAGUGACUGAGGAUGCAGUCAUAACAAACACUGACAAUGAAGAGACUGAGGCCUUGAAAAAUACUGGUGCCAUGCCCACUCCCCUUGUGGUUUGUGCUUCCACUGUGCAUUUUUUCCUGGAGAGUGCUGUUCCUUAUCAGCAGCAGGUGCCAGCCAUGGUGAAGAACAUCCACCAGAGUCUCAUGUCCCACGUCACUGUGGAUGCCAGGCUGCAAAGUGACAUUGUGAGGCUGGCUGAGGAACACCCUGCUGACGUGGCGCUGACCCUCCUGCACUGUGCCCCAACGUGUGACAGGUUUGCAGUGCAGGCCAUGAAGGCUCUGCUCUGCCGACUGGAGUGUGACCAGGAGGUGAUGGCUAUGGAGCGUAAGUGUGGCUGGGACAUGCUGCUGUGUGCUCACACCCAGCACUAUGCCGUGGGUCUGCUGGCCAGAGAGAUGCGCUGUGUCUCCCUCUCCUUGUGUUCUGGGAUUGCUCUCCACCUGCUUGGGCUGCUCAGCAGGGAGGAGCCACACUGGGAUCUGCCCGGCCUGGCGUUCCUUGUGGAGGUCCUCGAGUGCCUGGAUUACAGUGAAUGUGCUGACAGUGUUGUGGAGGUCUCGUCAAGGUACCUGCAGAGCGAGUGCAGGGAGAGGCGUCGCCUGGCGCUCAGAGGCCUCGUGGUGCUCAGCAAGGAUCCCUCAAUGGCCAGGAGAAUGGGCACUCUGUCUCCAAGCCUUCUGGAGCUGCUGGGUGAUGCAGACGGAGAGCUGGUCGGCAUGACGCUCUCUGUGUCCACUAAUUUGCUCAAGAGCAAAGACAUGCUGGUAUCCAGCACCACAGCCCCGAAGCUGGUUGAGGCUCUCCUGCUGCUCUUCGACCACGACAACAGCCAUGUGCAGCUGCUCUCCCUUGACCUCUUCUUCAAGGUGAUGGAUUUGGUAGUAGAGGAGGGAAAAAAGCCCCUGAAGUCAGUGGUGUGCCAGAGCCUUCCUGCACUCUUCUUCCACUGCCAUGAUAAGAAUCAGCGUGUGGCAGAGGCUUCUUGGGAAACACUGCAUUGUGCGGCCGGGUUCCUGCAGAGGAGGGAUCUCAAAGAGCUGGUGGAGACAGAGAAGCUGUUGGCAUUUGCCGAGGUCUUGGUGAGGACGGCCUGGAAUCCCCAGCCUCAGCCUGGAGAAGGCCCCUGA